GAUAUCCGUGCCAGAGGAAACGAGUGGAAGGGGAGAGAGUAGCAGCUAGAGAGAGCGACGGGCCGGAAGCCGGGAGCCGCACGUACGGCGCGCGCAUGCAGCAAGCGUAGCCGGCCGAGACGCGCGCGCGCUCCCCGCCGUUGUCGCGCGUGCAGCCGCUGCAGCUGCAUACCCCCCUUCCCAAGGAGACGUACCCCCGCUCUCGUUGGACGCCAAACCAAGCGCCUUGUUUGGCCCUGUCUCGGGGCUAAUUUUAUCCCUCGCGUUGCGCCGCUCUCGUCGUCGUCCCCCGUUGACGGUGGGCCUUCUCUUCUGCCUUGUGGGAGUUGCGUUGCCGUGACCAGACAGAGAGAGAGGGGACAGGGAGAGGGAGGGAGAUGGAGUGCCUGCUGGGGCUGCUCAAGGUGCGGGUGGUGAGAGGGGUGAACCUGGCCAUCUGCGACCCCCUCACCCACAGCAGCGACCCCUACGUCGUCCUCCGCCUCGGACAGCAGAAAGUGAAGUCAAGUAUAAAAUAUCACACAAUCAACCCAGAAUGGAACGAGGAGCUCACCCUAUCCAUCACAAACAUGAUGCUGCCGGUCAAGAUUGAGCUCUUCGACAAGGACACGUUCACCAAGGACGACAGCAUGGGCGACGCCGAGUUCUGCAUCCUGGACUUCGUGGAGAUCGCCAAGCAGGACAUGAGCCACGUCUCCGACGGCACCGUGAUGAAGACGAUCCACCCGGAGAAGGGCAACUGCCUCGCCACCGACAGCCACAUCACGUGGAAGGACGGCAAGGUCUCCCAGGACAUCGUCCUCAGGCUCAGGAACACCGAGACCGGCGAGCUCAUCCUGCACCUGCAGUGGGUCAACAUCCCCGGCGUCGCACGAUGAGUUCUUCUCGCAACGGCGAGGGUGCGGCGACGGCCGCCCUGAUGAUUUAUAUUAUGUAAUGUUGCCCUGUUUACGAGGCAUGGAGAAUAAGCAGCAUCCUGAGGAGAUCCUGGGAUGUCUAAUAUGUAAGGCAUGCAGCAGGGAGCAAUGCUUGUUUCAGUUUUUGGUUCUGCAUAAUAUCUGCAGUCUUUUGAUCCACACAGAUAUAUUUGUCUUGAAGGUCUGUAAAGCUAUAUUGCAUACUGCA